GUGCUGUUGGUGAGUAGCAGUCGGUAUCCAGACCAGUGGAUUGUCCCAGGAGGAGGGAUGGAGCCAGAGGAGGAGCCUGGUGGCGCUGCCGUGAGAGAAGUAUAUGAAGAGGCUGGAGUCAAAGGAAAAUUGGGCAGACUCCUGGGAAUAUUCGAGCAGAAUCAAGACCGGAAGCACAGAACUUAUGUUUAUGUUCUGACAGUCACUGAAAUAUUGGAAGACUGGGAAGAUUCUGUUAAUAUCGGAAGGAAGAGAGAGUGGUUCAAAGUAGAAGAUGCAAUCAAAGUUCUUCAGUGUCAUAAGCCUGUCCAUGCAGAGUAUCUGGAAAAACUGAAGCUGGGGUGUUCUCCAACCAAUGGAAAUUCCACGGUCCCUUCCCUCCCAGAUAACAAUGCCUUGUUUGUGACUGCUGCACAGCCUUCCGGGGUGCCAUCCAGUAUAAGAUAGAAAGCUGGGACCCCUCCCCCCACCGUGUAAUGUCACAGGGAGAGGCCGA